ACGGGAAGCUUUUUCCUCGCUCCACAAGCGGAAAAAACCUACCUUGAAACUCACUGAUAAAGAGCCCUCUCCCGGCCCUCGCCCACCAGUCGAAGCUUCAACAGAACUGCAUACAUACACACAUCGACUCCCAACAACCGAGCUCAAAAACGAACGCCGAGAUGUCAGACGUCAGCGGAAACGAGAUCGAGAAAGGUACCCACGUCGCGUGGAACUGGGGCAACGCCCAUGCCCAAGGUCAUGUCAAAGAAAUAUCAGAGGAGAAGCUGGAAAAGACCAUCAAAGGUAAACACAUCACCCGAAAUGGCACCGAGGACAAUCCUGCACUCUUCAUCGAAAACGACAAGAAAGGAGGCAAUCCAGUCGUCAAAAAGGCCAGCGAGGUCCAUGUAAUCGAUGGCGAGGACGUCCCAAGCAACGAAAAGGUCGAAACUCGCAGGCAACAGGAAUCGUAGGCAGCCACCUUUGUCUGGAGCGGCUCACUCACAUUAGCCAGAGGGUUUUUACCGAUCCGCAUUAUUGUGUACAUAAAUUUCAUCUGGAAAUACCCCUACGUAGUUUUGGGGAUUUCGAAAGAAUAUAUCAACCGGGUCAUCGGCGCUUCAUCAGAACUCAGUCAGCCCACCACUAUCAAUGAAGCACUCCGUAACGCUCAGUCGAACUCAGGGCAAGUAAGAAUCGUUUAUAUUCCUGCAGGAAAAGAAAGCCACUA